AUUCUCAAUUUCACUAGUUACCAGUCACUUUCUAACUAUCUCACUUUUUCAGAAACUCACUCCCUAACUCAUUUUCGUACUUUACUCAAUACCCAGCUAUCUCCGUGACUAAAGCUCUCUCCCUGUCUCCGUUAUUCAUUCAUUCUCUGUCUCACUCCCAGUCUGUCUCCUUCACACCCUCACUCCACUCUCUCACUCACUAACACUCUCUCACUCCUGAGCUCUGGAUCUCUCACGGAGGGGGGAGUGGACCGGAGGACACUCCCACUGGCUAUAAAGCUGAAGCAUACGGAAACAUUCAGUCUCACAUCACACGUGGAGCAGCUAAGACUGUCAGAGUGCAACACACACCUUCACACAGACAAUAUCACACGUAGACAUCUAGCCGCACACAAACACAAACACACACAAACACACACAUAUACAUCCACAGACCGGAUCGCUUGGACAACAGCUAUGAAACAGACGACGAUGAGCAUCUUGCUCUCCCUCUACAAAGCAGGGUGAGAUCUGCGGUGGAAAAGCCUCAUCUGUCAGGACUACAGGCCUGCCCAUCAGCUCUAUGAAAGACAGAUUGUGCUGUGGGUGACUACCCUGUCAGCCUGGGUCGAGAGGGUCUCUGGGGCACCGUUCUACUGUUGAGUGGAUUAGCAGAGGAAGUCUGAGAUGUCCUUCACAAUGGUGAGGCCGAGCGCUGGGCGCCUCCUGUGCUCCGAGCUGGGCUCCCUGUCAGGGGACGAGGAGAACAGCAGCGAAGACUCUCAGUCCGACCACAAGUCCUUCUGUCUGGAGGCGGCCGGCCUGGGAGGCCUCAAAGCCGCCUCCAGGAAGCGCAAGCUCAGCUGCCGGCCGCCCCAGAUGGCCGACCCGUGCUCGCUCGUGACCGAGUUCCGUCAGCGGAACGCGGCGAACGCUCGCGAGCGGGACCGCACCAACAGCGUGAACACGGCCUUCACCGCGCUCCGCACCCUCAUCCCCACCGAGCCGGCCGACCGCAAGCUGUCCAAGAUCGAGACCCUGCGCCUGGCCUCCAGCUACAUCUCCCACCUGGGCAACGUGCUGCUGCUAGGGGAGACCUGUCCGGACGGGCAGCCCUGCAACCGCUCCCCCUCCGCCCUCUGCCGACACCCCCGGAGCCACGCUCGCAGCGACCCCCCCAGCCCCGACACGGAGAACUCCCACCCCAGACAGAUCUGCACCUUCUGCCUCAGCACCCAGCGCAGGAUGAACAAAGACCGUGACAGAAAAUCAGCUAUAAGAAGCUAAUACUGAAGACUAAAAAAAUUUUCACAACAAGAAGAUCCCUAUAAUGUAUAUACUAUGUACUUUGUUGUAAAUAUACAAAUAUAUUUAAAAAAAAAAAAUACAAUACUAAAA